UCCACUCCUAAAAUAUCACUAGGUAGGUAUCCUAAAACAACAUUUUGCUGGUAUGGUACCUAGGUACCUACCUAACCUAGGUAUUAUUCAAACUGAAAUCAUAAUGUUUCGCAAUCGCCUAUUUCUGUACCACCCGAAUAGCUAACGUGGUCAAGCCGUGAACGAAAGCGAGAUGAACACGUCUAGGACUUUGGGAACUGUUUUGCGCGAGUCCUUAAAUAGACAAUUUCCGAUAUCUUAUAUUCCGAUAUCAUAUAUUCCGAUAUCAUAUUGGGUAGCACAUCGGGAGGCUUCAAGCCACGAGCUGAGGGAAUACCUAGCAGUUAAAUCCAAGUUCCGUCCGAAAAGUCUCAAUUUCCGGUGUUUUAUUCACACGCGCAGCCAAGCAGAAAAUAUGAGCACAAGGUCGCGUAGUCGGGUUCCCAUUGAACCCCAACGUGUCGAUGCUCCCCUCACCCAGACCGCUACUUUCUUAGUAGUUACCAUUAAUAAUACGCUAGAAGCUGUCGGUGUGGUGCGCUCAGUUCUAUCUAGCAUUGAUGGGCUAGCUAAAAAUGUCUCUAUUCGAGACCUCAGCGCCGUAUUUGCCUGUACCGUGGGCAUUGGCAGCGAAGCGUGGGACUUAUUAACCCAGCUACCCCGACCAGCAGAGCUUCAUCCAUUUUCUACUAUACAUGGGCAGAAGCAUACUGCCGUCUCGACACCCGGGGACUUGCUAUUCCAUAUCCGCUCGGAGCGACGGGAUUUAUGUUUCGAAUUCGAACGACAACUACUAGAUGCCCUUGGCGAUGCCGUUACUGUCGUGGACGAGACGAUUGGUUUUCGUUAUUUCGAUGUCCGCGACCUUCUUGGAUUUGUAGACGGCACGGCAAACCCUGUGGGACCCGCCGUCCCAGCUUCUAUUCUCGUGAAUGAAGAGGACACGUCUAGUGCAGGUGGGAGUUAUGUUGUGGUCCAGAAGUAUGUGCAUGACGUGAAAGCGUGGAAUGCCCUCCCUACUGAGCAACAGGAGGGCAUUAUUGGGCGUAGGAAGCUAGAUAACGUCGAGCUAGAUGACGCUGCAGCAGGUCAACAGCAGUCGCACAAGUCACUAGCCACUAUUGAAGACGAAAGCGGCAACGAGCACGAUAUCCUCCGGGACAACAUGCCAUUUGGGUCUCCCAGCUCGAAAGAAUUUGGAACAUACUUCAUUGGAUACUCUAGAAAUCUAUGGGUUAUUGAACGGAUGUUACAGCGUAUGUUUAUUGGUGAUCCGCCUGGUUUACAUGAUAGGCUACUUGAUUUCUCUACCCCUCUAACAGGCACCACAUUCUUUGCACCAUCCUCUGAUUUCUUAAAAAGGCUGAACAUAGAGAGAAGCUAGUUGCUAACACAGCUGUCAUUGACUUCCUUUCUAUAGCCACUCCUAGCUACAAUGUACUUGACGGUUUAACUAUAUACCUACCUACCUAGGUAUAUAAUAAGUCUUGAGUACCUAGAUACAUGGAUAUUUAUCAGAAUUGUCUGGUCGAUAAGCCACCCUUUUUGAUAAUAUUUUCCUACGCUAUAUCUAGUAUCUAGGCCUCAUAUUCUGAAUUAAUAUAGUUGAAGCGAAAAGUGAUGUUACGAAA